GGCAUUCAUUUGCCGAUCGGUUGGUUCGCCGAUAAAAAAUACAAUGGAUUCGCGAAACCAAAUGCUAGAAAAGUUAGCCAACAAUUGUUGAGCGCAAAGAAAGUUAGUGAAGACGUGAAGUACUCGCAUAUGUUGAUGCAAUUCGGACAGUUCCUCGACCACGACAUCGACUUCGCUAUGCCUUCCGUUAAAUUGAUUCGAUCGAGCGCUUCGUGUGGCAGUGGACUGACAUCGGUAGCGAUGGGCACUUUGAUGCCUCGGGAACAGGUGAACCAAUUGACUUCAUUCAUUGAUGGCUCUAAUGUUUAUGGCAGUACAUCAAGUCUUGCCAAUCAGUUAAGGGACAAACUUGGAAGAGAUGUCGGACUAAUGCGCUCAAAGAUUAUCAAUGGAAAACAAUAUUUGCCUCAAAACGAGGCUCGACUGCCCAAUGACUGCCAACAGGACCCCAAACGGUCAGACUUUGAUUGCUUUUUAGCCGGAGAUUUCAGAGCUAACGAACAGUUGGGUCUCUUGACUAUGCAUACACUUUGGCUCAGAGAACACAAUCGAAUCGCUAAACAGUUGUCUGUUUGGAGUGGAGAACAAUUCAUUACUUUCCACCAUUGGUUGCCUCACAUCUUGGGCCCAAACGUAACUAAUCUU